AUGAGUGAAGAAACGGCUAAACCGAGUGGUCGCAAACGCGGUCGUCCUCGAACUGUGACCAACGAGCAAGAAGUGCCAGAGAGACGUCGCAAACAACUCCGCCUCGCGCAGCAGGCAUAUCGCAAGAGAAAGGAGACCACAAUCGGUAACCUACAGAAUCGCGUACACGAAUUAGAAACCGGCAUCGAGAAUAUCAGCCAAUCUUUCCUCUCCUUCAGUAGUCUUCUUAUACAAGAACAACUCCUCUCACGAUAUCCGCAUAUUGCAUCGGCUCUUCAAGACAUAACUCAGCAAUGCGUGUCGCUUGCGAAGGCUGGGAGCGAUGAUCCGACUGAAGGAGCCUUCCACCUCAUUCAGGCCGCAAAAGAGUCACAAACCACAAAUAAUAAUACAAUCUCGACACCAGUUCUGGAUAACGAAUACUCAGAGACUUCAACAGAUGCCGAGGAUAUAAUACGAUCAGCUGCUACAAAAUGGCCCGGCCCUCCUACUCCGCCAUAUCAAGGUCACUCCAUCUUGCCAUUCGACCUCGUUAUGUCAUCAUCCACUGUUCAAUUUCCUGAAAUCACUCCGCCAUUAUCAUCAAACUCCUCAACACUAGAUUUACUCUCUAGUAAUAUAUCGCCUGACAGGCAGUGGAAUAUCGCACAACGUCUAGUCCGGACUUGCUGCCAGGGUGGAUAUCGCCUUCUUAUCGACAAUCCAAACAGUCCCGCAGUCCUCCGAGUCUUUGGGUCUGUUCCGAGUCUGUCAGCACGCAAUCGUCUGAUCUCAGGCUUUUACGAUGUCAUGCAGGAUAAGACCGGUGUCUUGACAGAUCCCAAGGCCAAUGUGCUUCACGCCCUGCAGUCCAAUAUGGCCAUAUUUUCGAAUGAGCAACUCCAGGUCCCGUCUAAGAUAUGGCAGAUUGCGCUCGAGUCAACUACUGGUGCGUGGCUGGAUGCCAGUGGAGUGCAAGGAUACCUGCGUGACAAGAGAGUGCUCUUUGAGAACUUUCCUGAUUCCUCCGGCCGUUUUGAUUAUACAGUCUCGUCAUCACUUGAUAUAACGAUGUUCAUCAAAUCCCUCUCAAAAGAAGCCAUAUGCGUUGGCAAUGGACCAGUAUUCCGACGCCAGAGCGUUGAAAAGGUUCUGCGUCUGGCAACGCGCAAUAUCUACCUGUAA